AUGACAGACGCCAUCGGCUCGCAAUCACUCCUGAGCAUCUACGGCGUUUACGAGAAACUCAAGGGCAAAGACACGACCGGAGCCAGUAGCAGCAGCAGCGGCGGCAACACGACCGGAGCCAGCGCACCCAAACCUGCAGAAGCCGUCUCCGCCCCGACCCCGGAAUCCGAAGGCUUCAAAUCCCAGGGCAACGCCGCCAUGGCGCGCAAAGACCACCCGGCCGCCAUCGACCUCUACUCCAAAGCCAUCGCCAUCGCCCCCAUGAACCCCAUCUACCUCUCCAACCGCGCCGCCGCCUACAGCGCCAGCCACAAGCACGCCGAGGCCUGCACCGACGCCGAAAUGGCCGUCGCGGCCGACCCGAAGUACACCAAGGCGUGGUCGCGGCUCGGGCUGGCGCGGUUCGUGCUCGGGGACGCGAGGGGCAGCAUGGAGGCUUAUGGGCAGGGGAUCGAGUAUGAAGGGAAUGGGGGAAGCGAGGCGAUGAAGAAGGGGUUCAAGACGGCGAAGGAGAAGGUGGACGAGUUGGAGAGGGAGAGGGCGGCUGGUGGGUUGGAAGAGGAUCUCGAUGACGGGACUAGUGCGAGGGGCGCGAGUGGUGGGGGAGGUAUGCCAGAUCUCAGUGCCCUGGCGGGUAUGAUGGGCGGCGGCGGUGGGAGGGGUGGAGGAGGCAUGCCGGAUCUCGGUGGCCUGAUGAGCAACCCCAUGUUCGCGAAUAUGGCGCAGAACCUCAUGAGCAAUCCGGAGACACUGCAGGGCUUGAUGAAUAACCCGCAGUUGAGGGGCAUGGCGGAGAGGUUUGGUCUCGGUGGUGGGGGCUCGGGAGGUGCUGGGACAGGAGGAGGAGGAGGAGGAGGCAUGCCUGAUCUGAGUGCGCUGGCGGGCAUGCUGGGCGGCGGGAGGACGGGGAGGAGCAGGCGAAGCAGGUGCUGGGAGAGGAGGAGGUGCCAGUGGGGGAGGGGGCAUGCCGGAUCUGGCCGCUAUGAUGAACGAUCCGAAUAUUGCUGA